CGUUUUUCGAUACCCGGGUGCUUACAGACACCAGCCGGUCACUGCAGGCGCUGCCGGUACGAGGCAGCCCCUCUGUGUCCCCACCACUAACGUUUCUACCACCAGGAACUAAAAUCAUCUCGGAAAUAAAACAUUUAACUUUAGAAUCUGGCAGUAUUAACGAAAUUGGAAGAGAUUUCGUAAUGUUGUUCUCGUCUGGGAAAAGACUUCUGAUUGACAGAGCGCACGUGGUUUCAGAUCCUGAAAUCGGAAUCGAUUAUGUAUUGAUGCAAACAAUGUCUACCAAUAACAAGGGUUCAAGCAAUUCAACGAAUGCAUUAGAAGAGAAGAUCGAAUUUCCAUUGCAGAAAACAGUAACUUUAAAAGAAAAGUCUCCCUUAUACAUUGGACGUGGAGACGAGCUUUUUUUAGAACGUCGCAUGUGAACGACCGACAAAGUGAAAAGACUGGCUUGAAUAAAGUACGAGCUGAAUUAAGCGAGAAUGACCGAUACCACGAGAUUAUGCCAGCCUCAUCAGAUCCGGAAGAAGAUGAAGAAGCCUUCCCAGCAAAGAGAAUUCUUCAAAUAAUUUUGCUAUGUAGAACACAGUACUACUUUACAAAGGGACAUGAACAUCUGGGAAAAGCGAGAAACGUUUUCGAGGAGCGGUCGCCAUUCGCUUAUCCCCCUUGCUCUCUCAUGUUCUCAUAUUUUCAAUAUUGGAAAGCGCAGAAACGUUCCGCGAAUUUGGCCCGAAGGAGUGGAGUUUAUCAAGAUAAAGAAGGACAUGAACUUUUGCGAACACUUCGUGUCGACGUGGAUAUUGAAGCUUUGGAGGCGAAGAAGCACAAAGAUUUACACGAAGGAAUAGCCAUCACUGACGUGGAUCCAGAAUUCUUUAAAGAAUUGGCUGGCAGAGUUGUGAAAGAAAAGUUCUCAGUGAACGAAUACGUGAACGAUAUCCGCAACAUUUUCAAGGCUCGACUAUUAGCGGGACAGGAAAUGGAUGAUUGCAUCCUCAUCGACCAGCAGUUUGUCGAGGAACAGAGAGUAUUAAACAAAAUCAAGAAACGUUAUCGUCAAUACGUCAGCGCCUUCGAGGACUUUCUGUCGAAGGAUCACGAGCAAAGCAUGAAGAUCCUCGAGGAGGCCGAAAAUGAGAGCAAAAAGACAAAAGAGAUCACUCUGAGAAGAAAUCAGCUCUCCAAGGAAUUCGGUCAGGUCAGACUUGACGUGUACUACUGGGAGGAGAACUGGAGAAUGGUGAAGAUGUGCCAAAGAUUUUUGUACCAAGUGUCACCAGACUCCUGGCGCACUGAGCACGACUGGAUCUAUCGUACAGAAUCCGCAGAGACCAUUGAUACAGUUCAUACUGACGUUAUAUUCGGUCGUUAUCGCAUGCUGGAGAAAGUUCCAUCCAUCGACGUCUUGAUAAAUUUGUUCGAGGAGGAUAUUAGAUACGCAGGUCCAGCCGAGCUGUAUUUCGAGGAUCCACAGGACCUAAUCCGGGUAUUUAGAUCAAUAGAGAUGCAAAAUUUGAACGCGUUGAUUCAUCUGGAAUCUCUGGCAGAACCACUGACAGAGAUGAUAUUGACAAUCCACACUGCAGAAGCUAAGAUCAAGUCAGAAGUCGAGGAGCUGACCAACGCCAUCGACGAGCUGAAAGAUUCCAUUGAAAAGCUGGAGAAGAGGGCGGUGGAUUUGGAGCAGUACGCGAACAGGCUAUUGGAGAGCAUGUUUCGCGAGGCUGUUUGUUCCGAGGAGGUGCUCCGUCUUCAAGUGUUCAUCGAGGAUGCUUACGAGUCUUGUGUCGGCCCGAAUGACGCUGAUUUGGACACUUUCGCGAUGAUGAAGUGGAUCGAGAAGACCCACGAGGAGCUGAAUCUGACGCUGGACACUCUGCCGCCGGAAGUGGUACAGAGUUACGAGAAGGAAGGCUUCAAGCAAGAGCUCAAGGCACUGAAGGAAACUGAGAGCGCUGCUAGAAAGUUCGAGCUUAUGCACAGAUUGUUAGCCUCUUUGAAGCGUGCAAUGGAACCUCCUCCGAUAAAAAGACGACCUUUAAUGUGGCGUUCGAUACCGACCAGUCAAAGGAUUAAAGAAACUUCACGUCGACUGGAGCCUACCGAAGAAGAAGUUCAGUAUCUUACCUUCUUCACCAAGUAUUGCAAGGCGGAGGACUUCGUCGCCUAUCGUUCUCAAUUUCCUGACGACUUCGACCUCACUUUCCAAACCCGACGUCGCGAGACCAUCCUUGAAGACGACGAGGAAAGCUCCGAGAACGAGGGCAAGGAGGACAACGAGAAUCCUGACAGCUGAUCGAUCCAUCUUUCCUUAAUAAUUUAAUAAUAGAACAUUGUGUUGAAGUCUGCUGACGUUGUACCUUAUACAUGGGCGAGUCUCUCAUUUUAUAUUCAUUUAUUUCCAUACUUGUCCAGAUGUAUUUUAUCCUGGUAAAAGAAAAUGUAUUAUUUA